ACAAUCCUGUCAUUGCCUUGUGGUCUCCACACACACACACACACUACUGUCUUCUACGAUUCUACACCUAAUGCUUCACCACCGCAGCUAAAAACCAGUCUCUAUCUCUCGCCAUUCCUGCAAAAAUCACAGCUUUGAUUCCGAGAAGAAGCAAUUCGUGAGGAAGAAGAAGAUGGGGACGUUGGGAAGAGCAAUCUACACCGUUGGAUUCUGGAUCCGCGAGACCGGCCAAGCCAUCGAUCGUCUCGGCUGCCGCCUCCAGGGCAAUUACUACUUCCAAGAACAGCUGUCUAGGCAUCGGACACUUAUGAACAUAUUUGACAAGGCUCCUGUGGUUGAUAAGGAUGCAUUUGUGGCCCCUAGCGCUUCUAUUAUAGGAGAUGUUCAGGUUGGAAGAGGUUCAUCUAUUUGGUAUGGAUGUGUUCUUCGAGGUGAUGUGAACAGCAUCAACAUUGGGUCUGGAACAAAUAUACAAGAUAAUUCUCUUGUUCAUGUAGCCAAAUCAAAUCUUGCAGGGAAGGUUUUGCCGACUAUUAUUGGUGACAAUGUCACUGUAGGUCAUAGCGCUGUCUUACAUGGAUGUACUGUUGAGGAUGAGGCAUUUGUUGGUAUGGGUGCAACCUUGCUUGAUGGGGUGUUUGUUGAGAAACACGCCAUGGUUGCUGCUGGAGCCCUUGUGAGGCAGAAUACAAGGAUCCCCUGUGGAGAGGUAUGGGGAGGCAAUCCAGCAAAGUUUCUAAGGAAGCUCACAGAAGAAGAGGUAGCCUUCAUCUCCCAAUCGGCCACAAAUUAUACCAACUUAGCAAAUGUUCAUGCUGCUGAAAAUUCAAAAGGUUUUGAUGAGAUUGAGUUCGAGAAGGUGCUCCGCAAGAAGUUUGCUCACCGGGAUGAGGAAUACGAUUCAAUGUUGGGUGUUGUUCGGGAAACACCUCCUGAGCUCAUCCUUCCCGAUAAUGUCCUACCCGACAAAGCACCAAAGGCUUCUUAAAUUGAGUUUUUUGUCUCCUGGUUAGGAAUUUCUUCCUGGGAUUUGAUGCUACUUGUUAUUUUGUUAUGUCCGGAUUUUUGGAGAAUGGCUGCCUCUUCGUUUCUAAUAAUUUUUGGGGCCAUGCCGAUGUGUUAAACAUGGCAUACGGUUUUGUUCAUCGUCUUUGGUUAAUCAGAAUUCUCUGUUUUCAGUUUCUAGAGAAAAUUAGCGCUACGUGUUCCUUCCUGAUGUUUUAGCCAUCCGGGAAGCUUAAAAAGAUCUGUACUUAUAGAGCUCAAUUGCUCAGCAUAUGUUUUACCAGAAAUAAGAAUGUGGAAUUUGAUUUGUUAAGA